CCGACAGCUCCAUUUAGCUUCAUAGCGUCGGUUACUGAAGCUCCAUGUUUGUGUCAUAAAAAAUAAUUUUAAUAUAACUUUAUUUUUUAACUGUGAGUCUCUGCGUGGCUGCGACGCCUCGUUGUUUACAAACGCAUAUUUAAAAUAAGCUAACAGCAGUUAGCAUGUUGUUGUUGUUAGCCUGUGUGAUGGGGCUCAUUUAGCUACAGUUCGGUUACAAGCUAACAGCUGCUGCUUCAGCAGGUGUUUGUUCCUGUGCUGUGUGUCUGAUCAGAGGAUGAUCAAGUUUGUGCUGAUGGUGAACCGGCAGGGUCAGACCAGACUGUCCAGGUAUUAUCAACCUGUGGAGCUGAGCAGGAGAGCGGUGCUGGAGGCUGACGUGGUCCGCUGCUGCCUGAGCCGCAAGAAGGACCAGUGUUCCUUUGUGGAGUACAAAGACUUUAAACUGGUGUACCGUCAGUACGCUGCUCUGUACAUCGUGGUCGGGGUCACAGACAGCGAGAACGAGCUGUCUGUCUACGAGCUGGUUCAUAACUUUGUGGAGGUUCUGGACAAAUACUUCAGCCGAGUGAGUGAACUGGACAUCAUGUUCAACCUGGACCGAGUUCACAUCAUCCUGGACGAGAUGAUCCAGAAUGGACACAUCGUUGAGACAAACAAAAGCCGCGUCCUUGCGCCUCUCACCGCCCUUGACAAGAUGGCCGACGGCUGAGACAAGAAAAAAAACUACAGGAAGUGAUGUCACAGACUGUGUUUCAGACUACCAUCAGCAGGCGGAGAGUCAAGGACUCGACAAAAGAACUGAAUCAAACUCAGAUUCUCCGUAAACGUGCCGACGUUCUGAUGCCAAUAAAUCAACAUGAGCUACCAUUAGCAUAUUAGCAUGCUAAUGAGUAUUCUGUAGUCAUGUGGACUGAUAACCUGCCUGUUGUCAGUCUGAUUCAGCAGGUUGAUUUUCAGUCAAAUCUGAACUUUAUGACGGAUUAAAGGCUCAUUUCACCCAAAUUUCAUAAAACCAUCAAGUUGUUUGUCCUCACUGGUUUCCAGGUUAUUCAUCAUGUUCCUUCCUAUCACAGUCGGGUGUAAUGCUGAUUUCAAGGACACCGUGGAAUAUAAAUGACAGAUUUUUAAAAUUUUUGUGUAAAUCAGAAUUAAAGUGAUGGCUGGAUGAGGCGGCGCAGUGACAUCUGGUGGUUUGGGGGACUUACUGCAGCUCUUCAGGAUUGAAGCUGAAGCUCCACAACAACUUGAUUUUAAUGUUUUCAUCUCAUGUGAGCAAUGAAAGUCCAGCAAGUGUUCUCAUUAAAUCUGUAAUACUUCAGUGCUGGAUUAGAUUUUGCUGUGAAGUCGUUAAUAAACAUUUAAAAAUCCUUCAUAUAAAA